AUGGCCCAACGAAAAAGAACUAUUUCGAGCCGAGAAGCAUUAGUUCAAGCAAAUUUAGAUGCACAUGAUGCUUUUCUUCAUGGUCGUAUUAAUCCUGAACAAAUUACAAAAGAGUGGUGUUUAAAUACAUUGACAUUAUUAGAAUCUGGAGAAAAUUUAAAAAGAACACUCAGAAAUGUCGAAAUUCAAGAUUCACAAGGAAGACGAUAUAUAACUUCAACAAUUUCAAAGCCCACAUUUUACAAAGCUCUCAAAUUUCAGAAUCUUGUAACAAAAUUCAAACCAGGAAGAAAAACAAAAGAAUUACAUCUUCUUAUAAUUGAAAGUAUUGACAAUAUGAAGAAGAUUACGGAAAAAUUACCAGGAAUUAAUUCAAUUAUCAGUAAAAUGAGAUAA